UUUUAGCCCUUUAGAUCCUUUAAAUAUUUUUUAGACGGUUGAGAUUUAGGUAGGAAGUCCUAAAAGGGCCGAAGGUAGGGUUUGGAUUUUGAACUUUCGAGUUUUUGACGCGAUCCAGACGAAAGUUCUCCAUCUGAUUUCUCAGACAUGAAAAACUCAACCGGCGGCGAAGAAUCAGAUUCAGAGUCGUCCUUGUCCGCGAAGAUCUUCGAAUUGGUAGGAGAGCCUGCGAUUGUCAUCAAUGGUGUACCAGAUCUAGCAACCCCGAAUGACGCAGAAUCACAAGGAAAUGAUAAAUCACCUGGAAUUGAAACAUUGUAUUUGGGAGAAUGGCUGGAAGGGAGGGAAGUCAAGAAGAAGUUCGGAGAGCACUACUAUUUGGGGACGGUGACCAAGUCCGAUCGGGAAACUGGAUGGUACAGGGUGUUGUAUGAAGAUGGUGAUUCGGAGGAUCUUGAUUGGAAUGAGUUGGAAGAGGUGCUUCUGCCCCUGGACAUUACAGUGCCGCUCAAGUCCUUGGCUUUGAAGAUCAUCAAGAAGACCCAGAAAAUGUCUGGAACUGCUGUGGGCUCGUCCUGAAAUCCGAAAACUAAAUGCAGUAAGGCUAAUGAUGAAUGAAGCUUGCCUUUUCAAUUUGUAGAUUGUUACAAUUUGAACAAUCAUUUGAUAAUUCUUCGAUUCUAUUUGUAGAUUGUCUGCAAAAUUCAUGUUUUGAGUAGAAACUAUGAAUCCUUGCAUUUUUGCGUA